GACCUGUCAUUUAUAGUCUGAGGUGUGCUCUUGCCUCUCCCCUUUGCCUGUUCCCUCUUAACAUUAACAGUUGGGAGUAUCGCCACUGCACACACCAUGUCUGCAGUGAUCAUUACUGUAAUAUCCAGCUCUGUGCGCUACCGAGGCACACUGACAGGAGUUAGGCAUCAGUUGCUGGUAGAAAUGUCAGUACAGUGUUUGGCUAAGUGACAACAAACAGAAAUAUGUGCUAAAGCAACAGCAGGUGUUGCCCGUCAUGCAUGUCUAGCUCAUCUCUAGUGAACACACAAAUGCUCUUUUUCAUCACUGGCGAAUUGUCAAAGGGGUAUUAGAAGUUUUGGUUGUUGUUGUUGUCAGUGUCGUAGCACAGGACAGGUGUACUUUGACACAGCAGAGGGUAACUGGUGUUUGUGUAGUGCACACACAAGGUUUUGUUCAUUAGAAUGUAAUACAUGAGGCCUCAGACAGAUCCCUCUUUGUGCCUCUCCAUUAUCAGAGUCUGCCAUUCUGUCCUAUGAACUCUCGCGCUGGGACGAAUCUUGUGGGGGGAAAAAACAGCUCUGUUUGGCAAACCACGAGACGCUACAAAGUGAGCUCAACAAUUCCCUCUUUGAGAAUCCCACUUGAGCACUGCCCGAGCUGAUCAUAAGGCUCUCGAGAAUCUGCAUGGCACAAUCUGCCGAAAGCUCCGAUCCUUACCUGAGGAUUUUCAGUACCUGUUUGUAUUUCUGCGUUGUACAAAGACAGGCAGGUAUUCCUUUCGCAUCGCCUCAGGGACACGUCAUAUGGCAGCACAGUGUGCGGGGGUGUUAGUUUAAUAAAAAAGCUGCAUCUGAUUUCAUGAAGCAGUCUGGCUCAUGAUGAGUGUUGGGAAAUGCUGCAGAAAACCAUGAAAUCCAUAUUAUUUUUAAUUAUUAACUGAGUGCAUCAAAUGUUUGUCAGUUUGACCUUUAAUUGCUGGUUAAGAACUUUAUGUGUAAAAAUACUGAGUUUAAGUUUUGUCACUUCAAGUGAGUUGAAAGCACGUCCUACAGACAAUGCAGCGAACUGGUUUAUACUAGAUAAAAAGAUAAAAAGACUAUCUAUACAGUAUAAUAUUACAUAGAUUUUACAAAAUAAAAAAUGUGUUGUGUUCCUUUACAGAACUCAGAAUACGAAUUUACAAAUUCAGGAAUUUGUCCAGUUAGAAGCGGACUUAACUGCCUCUGCAACAAAAGGACAGCUGUUCAACCAGCGACAGCAGAGAGUCGAAAUUAACAAAAUAAAGGCUGUGUAACAAUAAAACUGUGCUCGUUUGUUUGUGUCGGGGGACUGCGGAUUUUUUAUGUUUAAGUGUACGAUCAGCCGUACGAGCGGCUGUCGCUAUGGCAACCACAUGUACACAAAUAUGGCGGACAAGCAGCGAGCCGUUUAGGACUGCGACAAAAUAAACGUCUAGCCACGACUUUAGCUAAAAUUAGUAGUGGUGAAACUCGUCUUGCUAACGCUACAUGUUUGCUUCAGUUCCAUCGUUGACUUUACGUGCUAUUAAACUCGUAAAUUUAACUUGUUUACGCUGACUUAGCAAAGCUGUUCAGUGUUUCUGUACCAUACUGGAAGGGCCCGAGACUAGAAAAAUGUUUGAUCCGUCUCUGAGCAGUCACAGACCCGCAUCAGGAAAGUCACAGGACAUUUCUUACGUGUUGGCCAACACUUUCAAGGACCUUUAUACAAGAGACAUCACUGGGAAGGACACUUUGUCCAACAUCAUCAAGACAAAAAAUGGACAAAGCAGCUACCAUAGCAGAUAUGUUGAAGAGCUUCAACAGGCUCAUUCUGACUACAGGCAGUGUGUGAAAGAGGCUGACAUGCUAGAGAGUCACAUCAUCCAGGCCAGAGCUCGAGCUGCAGCCACAGAAAGCCGGGCCUAUGAGAGAAUGAAAGAGAACAAGGGAGAUGUUCUUGAUCACCAGGGCCUUUCUACAGUCAAAUCAGUCUAUUCCUGGUAUGUAGACAAUGAUCUUCUCAAAAAUGCCAACCUGAUUUCCCCUGAGGACUACUUACCUACCCAAAAACCACAUGUGGAAGCACCGGUAGUAACAAUAAAAUCCAAUCCUGCCAAACCCACCAUUGCCUACACCAUGCAUGUGUCCAGGGAGCCUCAGGAUGAUGGCUAUACUCUAAUUCCCAGUCCAGAGAAGACAAUGCCAGAAGUAAAUGAAUCAGAUCUCAGCCUGACCUUCAGUUCCAGCACAGAUACAUCAGAGAGGAAGAAAACUCCCAGGGAGAAGCUGAACCAGACCAAACCCAGACCAAAGUGGAAGGAUGAGCCAAGCGCAAAGGGUCAGGCAGAGGGAUGGGAAAAACUUCAGAAGCUGAAAGCUCGACACAGCUUCCUGCGCAACCCUCGCUUCCUUCCCCCAAAUGCACAUCAGGGUGGCACAUCUCUCAUCCGACCCAGAACCAAAGCAGGGAAGCCUGCGAGGAAAGGAAUGGAGGAGCAAAGCUCCACUGAUGUCCCUGUUCCAGUCUUCCUAGCAAAGCCUCCAGUGGUGAUUUUCAGUGACUACAGUGUGGGACAUGUUUAUGAGACAACACUGGAGCUGAAAAACUUGACUUCCGCGAGCCGUAAUGUCAGAGUCAUCCCUCCUACCACUCCUUACUUUUCUAUUGGGCUGGGAAGAUUUCCUGGUGAGGGUGGAGUUGUUGCCCCAGGGAUGAGUUGUAAGUAUACAGUGCGCUUCGCUCCAGACUCCUUGGGGGACUAUGAGGAUUUCAUUGUGGUGGAGGCCCAGGUUGAACACUUGCUUGUGGUGCCCAUCGUGGCCAGACGACCACCUCCAAUACUCACCUUACCGAGAGUUCUGGACUGUGGUUAUUGUCUGAUUGGAGGGGUAAAGUUUGUUGAGUUCCUGUGCCAAAAUGUCGGUCUCAGUGCUGGGACCUUCUGCAUCAUCCCCAAGAACCAGUGGCCAGCCUCAAACCUCAGGUCUGUGGCAAGAAGUCACUUUUGCGAGUAUCCGCCCUUUGCAGUUAGCCCUUCUCUUUUUGUGCUGCAGCCAGGAGAGGCUACUGUGGUGGAGGUGGUUUUCUUUCCCACAUCCGCUGAGAAGAGCUGCCAGGUUUUCACUAUUGUGUGUGACAACUGCCAGGUGAAAGACAUUUCCAUCGAAGGUGAAGGCCAGCCGAUUGCCCUCGAGCUUGUGUCUGUGUCUGGGAAGAAGGAGCCUCCCGUGGUGGGAGAGACGCAUGACCUCACUGCAGAGCACUUUGUCCGUUUCAGCCCAUGUAACCCUCACUGUGUGCAAGAGAAAAAAAUCAUCAUUAGAAACAAUGUUCACUUGGAGCUGCCUUUCCACUGGCAGAUCAUGAAGCCCAACCUGUGCCCCCUGCUUCCAAAUGAAACCCCAGAGCCCUCCCAUAUCCAGUUCCACCUGGCUGCAGAUGAUGUCUUCCAUAUCAGGCCCCAAACAGGAGUUCUGGCCCCCUGCCAGGAAGAAGAGUUUCUGUUCACAUUCUAUCCUAAAGAGUUGAAGGAUUACCACAGCGUCUGUCACCUGGUCCUGAAUGAUGUCCCUCAGCUGCCACCAGAGCCCAGUGAAAAUGGUGUCCUUCAGCCUGUGCGCACUGGCUCCAAGGUGAGUAAUGUCAUCGUCAUGGAGAUAGAGGUCAAGGGGUCAGCAGAGCCAUACCAGGUCCUUCUGGAGCCCUAUGCUGUUGUAAUACCUGGAGAGACUUUUAUCUGCACAACCACCCGCAGACAAUUCAAGAUGUGGAACCACAGCAAAUCUCGCAUCUCUUUUCAAUGGGAGAGAUUGAGCAGCAGAAGCCACAUAAUGGAAGUAGAGCCCUCUGCUGGUAGAAUAGAGGAGAAUGAGUGUUUCGAUUUUGACCUGAUUGUGACUGGAGGAAAACCAGAGCGGGUUGUAACCAGUCUGGUUUGCCACAUAGAGCACCAUCAUGAACCGGUCACUUUGCCUGUAGAAGUCUCUUUUAAGGGUCCCAUAGUGACCCUCAAUGUGCCCAGUGUGGACUUUGGGCUCAUGAAGCUUGGGGAGUGUGCACAGACCUCGCUGCUCCUCACAAACAUCACUCAGCUGGAGGCUUCCUGGACGCUGAAGGAGAAACAGGACCGCCGAGACACGCAGAUCUUGGUGGAGCCAUGCAGAGGUGUGCUGCCCCCCUUGGCCUCCUGCAGGGUGGAUGUGCUACUUAUGCCGCGUUUCUGCCAGCAAUAUGAAACUGAGCUGCAGUUGACAGUCGAGGAUGGAACAGGAUGUCACCUGUCAGUGAGAGCAGAUGUGCAGUCUCCUCAGGUUUGUCUGCUAAACUGUGAGCUGCUGCUCCCUGAACUCUUCGUUGGAGUUCCUGCCAAGUUGGCUGUCACUCUCUUUAACCAAACCUUGCUGCCUUCACACUUCAGCUGGAUGGCUCAGCUCCAGGGUAAACAUGCUGAACUGUGCACAGCCAGUUUUGACCCCUCCUCUGGUACUCUGGGACCCAACACCAGCAUGGAGAUCACAGUUAACUUUACCUGUCACACAGAUCUGGAGCUGACUGAGGUGGCUGCUCUAUGUGAAGUCCAGGGGAUGGACUCUCCUCUUGUUCUUAGCAUUGUACCUUCCAAACCCAAGAAGCUCAGUGUGUCCUACUCCCUGCCCAGUGUCCGCUCAACCCCUGAAGACGAGAGCCCCUCUGUGCUGUUACUUGACUUUGGAGAUGAUGUCAUAUUGAAGAGAGCCGUUACAAAGCAGUUACUGAUAACCAAUCAAACUGCUAUCCCUGCUCCUUUCACCAUAGAACCAGAGUAUUUCACCUGCCAUGCCUCAAAACCAAAUGGGCAGUCAGAGAAAAGAACCACGUAUAUCAAGAAGCCGCUUCAUUCAGUUCAAGCUCAGAAAUUAGAGGAUAAAGCACACAAGGAGUUUGUGAACAGCCUGCUGGCUCACGGAAAAGGUGCAGCGCUCUUUGUUUUGCCAGACACUGGGAUGCUGGGGCCUUUUGAGACCCAGACUGUGGAUGUCACAGCCUACACUGACAUGUGGGGGGAAUACAGAGAUCACCUCAUAUGCAAAGUCGGGGACCUUGAGGCUGUGCUCAUUCCCGUGCAGAUGACGGUGAAAGGCUGCCCACUCUUCUUCCAAAUGACAGGCCCACGUCCAGAUGGCCAGAACCAGGGACCGAUCAUACAGUUUGGCACUCAUGUGUCUGGAGGGGACACAGUGUCUCGUUCUCUUCGCAUCAACAAUCCCACUAUGUUUGAUAUUCGCUUGGACUGGGAAACAUAUAACGUAGAUCCAAAUGACCGUAAACUGGUGGAUGUUGUGGUGGCGUGUGGAGAUGCCUUCCCAUUUAAAGAUGCCGAUGGCAAUGAGGUGUUGAGUGGAGCAUUGCGGAUUUCUGGUGGAAACAUUCAAACAGACUGGGGGAGAAAUGGGACCCCAGACUCUGAGGAAACGAGCGCUUCCCUCCAAAGCAUGACUGACAGGGAAGGUGAGGAAAAUAUAUCCGAGGAUGUCCGUAAGGAAGAUGAAACCAGUCUUUAUCCGUCUCCUGCAAAGAAAAAGCUCUUCUCUGUCCACAUCAGACCUCAUGUGGGGAACCUAUCAGACUACCCAUACUGCAUCACACCUCAGCAAAUAGUGAUUCCAGCAAAGGGCAGCAGCACAGUCCAUGUGUCUUUCACUCCUCUGACUCUUUCCAGGUCGAUUUGUGAGUCUAGAUGUGUGGGCUUGGCUCUGGGCUUCAUGAGCCUAGACUCUGAGAUGGCUGCAUGUGUCCCGGGCAAAGUCGGAAGAGCUCAGGGUUUGGAUUUGGAGCCUGUCAGAAUGGAUCUACUGGCAGUCGUUAAGCCCGCAGUGCUGUUGGUGCAGAUGGAGGAGGAUGAGGGGGUGCUGGAGUUUCGGGCCUCAGCCGGUGAUUUACUGAGGGCAGAAUCGGAGAAGGAGCUGGAAGUGCGUGAAUUUAACAUCACACGGAGCCUUCUGCUGAAAAACAAUACAGAAAUGCCCCUACAAUUUAGACUGGCAACUCAGCCUCCUUUUUUAGUGCUCAAGCCACAGCCUCGAGCCCGGACCAGCAACUCCAGCAACCCGCCUACUGGUGACAGUCGCUUCCUGGUGCUGCAGUCACAACAUGUUGUGCAGGUGAAGGUGGCCUUCCACUGCUCCCUGUCCCUUCUGGACCAUGCAGGCCAGGAGGAUGAGGAAGUCCCCGCUGGGGCGACGCUGAUCCACAGUGCAAGUGGACAGAGGAAGCUGAGGUUCCAGCAAAACCUUCUGAUUCACUACAGCAACAACAGCCUGCAGACGGUUCUUCUCUGUGCCCAUUUGGAUCUUCCUACAAUGCGUCUGUCCACCAACAGCAUCAGCUUUGGGUUGUGCUACGUGGGGCAGAUGCAGACAGUCGAAGUGAACCUCCACAACAGUGGAGCUCACACUCACUGGAAAUCACUUAUUGACUCAGAUGAAGGAGACUCCCAUGUGUUCAGAGUAACACCAGAGUUUGGGUUUCUCAGGUCCAAAGAGCUCCACGUUACCAGCUGCAGCCAGUGUCUCCAGAUCAGCUUCUCUCCCAGUGUGUAUUUUGUGUGUUGUAGUGAGGACCGAGAGUUCAGGGCCGUUGUGGUCAUCCGGUCUCCGCUAGUGAAGAAUGUUCUCACUCUGCGGCUUGAGGGAACAGGAUCCUUUGAUGAAAUGUACAAAUCUAACGUCACGUCCUCUUAACAUCACAGUCACCAUCUGCUAUUUAACCUUCUCUCUUUAAGUCAACUUAUUUAUGGUUCUUAUUGGAAGAAUGUAAAUAAAUACUGUAAGUGA